AUGCCACCUGCCAGUGCCCAUCAGUGCCACAUCAGUGUCACAUUUCAGUGCCCAUCAGUGCCACCCAUCAGUGCCAGUCAUUGCCACCUAUCAAUGCCAGUCAGUGACACCUAUCAGUGCUGCCAAUCAGUGCCACCUAUCCGUGCCAGUCAGUGCCACCUAUCAGUGGCAGUCAGUGCUACCUAUCAGUGUGCAUCAGUGCCACCUAUCAGUGCCCGUCAGUGCUGCCUAUCAGUGCUGCCUAAGAGUGCCAGUCAGUGCCACCUAACAGUGCCAGUCAGUGCCGCCUAUCAGUGCCAGUCAGUGCCGCCUAUC